AGCACCAAUAAGAAGAAGAAGCAGGAAACUCCCACAAAUCGAAUCAUCAAAAGUAGGAGAAAAUCAUAAUAAUGCUGUCCCAAUACAUGGAAGAGUUUGAACAGGAGCCCUUUGAGGUGGGUGAAUUCAUCGAACGCCUCACCUGGCGUACCAAUAAUGAACUGCAAAACAGCGAAGACUUCAGUCCUGUAGCCCUCCACGACACCUUUAUCCAGACGAUCAAAGACCUAAAGAUUCUGCAGGAAAAGCAGCAGAGCAAGUGCGAGCGGCUGGAGGAAUCGUUGCGUCAGGAGAAGGAGUCGCACGCCAAGAAGAUAGCCAAGCUACAAGAACGCCACCAGACAGCCAUCGAUUGGUUUGGGCAGCUGGACGAAAAGAUAAAUUCGGUGGCUGGAAAGAUUAUGCAUCUGGGCGAGCAGUUGGAGAACGUAAAUACACCUCGCAGUCGGUCGGUGGAGGCUCAAAAGUUGCUCAACUUUAUGGCCGAGUUUCUGGCCGCCGGACCUGUAAUUGUCAACGACAUAUUUACAGAUGCCGCCCGCCUGAGCGAGGCAGCCGAUGUAAUCCAGAAGCUAUAUGCAAUCUCGCAGGACCUGCCGCCCGGGAAUUUUGCCGAGUCCAAACGGAAAAUCGAAAAGAAGUACGAUGAAGUGGAGCGAAGGCUGAUCGAAGAGUUUGCCGCUGCCCAGAAGAGCGAAGACAUUGAGCGUAUGAAAACCCUCGCCCAGAUCCUGUCUCAGUUUAAGGGCUACACCCAGUGCGUGGACGCGUAUAUUGAACAGAGUCAGAUGCAGCCGUACAGUGGAAAGGACAUCUUUAUCGGCAUCGUUCCAUUGUGCAAGCAUCACUACGAGAUCAUCCAGAAGGUGUUCGCCAAUCCGCAGCAGGUGAUGUCCAAGUUCAUACUGAACAUCUACCAGCUGAAGCUGCACCAGUACGCGAUGACCAAGCUGGAGGACAAAAAGGACGAGGAGAAGUACCUGCGCACUCUCUACGAACUGUACUCACGCACACUGAAGCUCUCUACGGAUCUGCAAGUUUACAUGUCCACCAUCGACGAUGAUUUGCUGCAGAAGCUGACGCAGCAGAUCUUCAUGAAGCAUUUGGCCGGGUAUGCCGAAAUGGAGACAAAAUGCCUCACUGCCAAGUGCUCUACAGAGCUGGAGAAGUUUUACACCAGCAAGAAGCAUCAGAAGACGCAGACGACCAAGGGCUUUCGACGCAACAUGGAGGUGUUGAUUGCGACGCGAGCCAACAUCAACAUUGCUGCAAUCGAGGAUUAUGGCGGGGAAACGUUCCUCUCCGAGGAACUAGCCAUCAACAUGCUACAGGAGGCGAAGGCCUCCCUCAAACGUUGCCGCCUUCUGUCCACCGAGACUGACCUGCCAGGCAAUGCCAUCAAGCUAAACGACAUCCUGCUGCGUUUUCUGAUGCAUGAGCACGUGGAUUAUGCUCUUGAGUUGGGCCUGCAGGCAGUGCCGUUAGCCGAGGGCAGGGUCUUUCCCCAGCUUUACUUCUUCGACGUAGUCCAGAAGACAAACAUCAUCGUCCACCUUUUGGACAAGCUGUGUCACACUUCGGUUAUACCAUGUGUGAGUAAUACUUCCAAGUACUCGGACUAUGUGUUCAAGAAGCGUAUUUUGAUGGAGCAAAUAGAAACGAAGCUGGACCAGGGUCUAGACCGUUCCAUUAGCGCUGUCAUUGGCUGGGUCAAGGUCUAUCUGCAGUAUGAACAAAAGAAGACCGACUACAAGCCGGAGACCGAUGUAGACACCAUUUCCUCGGCGGCCUGCCUUCAAGUCGUGCAGAAUCUACAGCCGGUGAUCACGCAGAUCAAAAAAUGUGUGGAUGGCGAGAAUCUGCAGAAUGUCCUGACCGAAUUUGGAACUCGCCUGCAUCGUAUCAUCUAUGAUCACCUGCAGACCAUGCAGUUCAACACCGCCGGCGCCAUGUGCGCAAUAUGUGAUGUGAACGAGUAUCGCAAAUGCAUCCGCGAGCUUGAGAGUCCGUUGGUGACGCAGCUCUUCGACAUUCUUCAUGCACUGUGCAAUCUUCUGUUGGUGAAACCGCAAAAUCUUCAAGAGGUUUGCACUGGCGACACAUUGAACUAUCUGGACAAGUCGGUAGUGCGGCAGUUCAUUCAGCUGCGCACUGAUUUUCGGAUCAUUAAGAACACCAACUAUCUGAAGGGUAUUAUUGAGUGAGGAGAAAAAGGAGCACCGAAUGACUCACAUUCCGAAAUUUUCCACCUCGUGCCCUGUCUGCGGAUUGGAUUGAUAUAUUGGCGAGAACAUUAUCUAAUAAUAUUUAAUUACGCGACACCCUCUGUUUUCUAACUUUCAAUUAAAGUCGAGUGGCUGGUUACUUUUAUCUACACAUCGACAAUAUA